AUGCGAAGUCGCACCUCUAAUGGCAAAGGAGGCAAAUACAAUCGAAAUAAAGGGAGCACGGCUGUUGCUACAGAGAAUCUUGCCAUCAUGGGUGGAAUCACCCAUGAUUGUAAUCCCAUUGUAACUCCUCACCCGUUUGAAAUGAACCUCGUUUUGCCAGGGUGGAAUUCCAUGGAGACGUCAGGCCUAACUUUUUGCACCGUUUUGAAUAAUGCCUGUGCCCCGCCACUGUUGAACACGCAUUCCGCCUCAAAUGUUUCUGGUGUUAUGCGGAACCAUGGAUUCUCCACAGCACCGGUGACGACGGCGGCAGCCCCUGCUCCCCAAGUCAAUUAUUACGUUGUUGGUGCGUCUCCAAAUGGAUUUCAAAGCCUUGCGCCGAGUCAUGUGAAUGGUCAGCUGUUAUUUCCACCUACAGUAAAUGGAGGCGGUAAUGGGGCCAGUGGUGGAGCUGGAAAUCCAGUGAUGUCUGCCCCAUCGUUUUUACAAGAUGUCCGCACUGCACGUAAUGCUGUUCCGUCAUUCCCAAACCCGUCUGAGGGUGUGUCACGCUGUUCUGUGUGCUCUGCAACUUUUGGAGCGAUGGAGCUCGUGUAUUUGUUUCCUCAAGACAAUGCCGUGAUGUGCACGCGUUGCAGUAGUCAGCGAGUUGCUGGCGGUGAUGCAUCGCAGGUUACAAGAGGAACACCACCGUUUAUUGUGCCCCAGUCAAACUUGGGUAGUCUUCCGCAGCCGUCAGUUGUAAACCCAACGAUGCUACUAAACACACUUCCGCCGUAUAUGCCAGUGUCUAACCUGCAAAAUCCAUUGAUGCCUCAGGUACCGCAGCUACCAUAUUAG